AUGGCCCCCAAACACCAGUCUACACUUCCACCCCAAGCGAAGAAACCGAGACUGGCUCCUGCCUCCGGGUCAGAGGCAACGUCUGCUUCUCCGAACUUGCCGAAGGAAGAAAAAGAACAGCAAGAAGCAAUUGAACAUAUUGAUGAAGUACAAAAUGAAAUAGACAGAUUUAAUGAACAAGCCAGUGAGGAGAUUUUGAAAGUAGAACAGAAAUAUAACAAACUCCGCCAACCAUAUUUUCAGAAGAGGUCGGAAUUGAUCGACAAAAUCCCAAAUUUUGGGGUAACAACAUUUGUUAACCAUCCACAAGUGUCUGUACUGCUUGGGGAGGAGGAUGAAGAGGCGCUGCAUUAUUUGACAAGAGUUGAAGUGACAGAAUUUGAAGAUAUUAAAUCAGGUUACAGAAUAGAUUUUUAUUUUGAUGAAAACCCUUACUUCGAAAAUAAAGUUCUCGCCAAAGAAUUUCAUCUGAAUGAGAGUGGUGAUCCAUCUUCAAAGUCCACUGAAAUCAAAUGGAAAUCCGGAAAGGAUGUGACGAAACGUUCAAGUCAAACACAGAAUAAAGCCAGCAGGAAGAGACAGCAUGAGGAACCAGAAAGCUUCUUCACCUGGUUUACUGAUCAUUCUGAUGCAGGUGCAGAUGAGUUAGGAGAGGUCAUCAAAGGUGAUAUUUGGCCAAAUCCAUUACAGUACUACUUGGUUCCGGACAUGGAUGAUGAGAAAGGGGAAGGAGAAGAAGAUGAUGAUGAUGAUGAAGAGGAAGAAGGACUGGAAGAUAUUGAUGAAGAAGGGGAUGAGGAUGAAGGUGAAGAAGAUGAAGAUGAUGAUGAGGGGGAGGAAGGAGAGGAAGAUGAAGGAGAAGAUGACUAAUGGAACACUGAUGCAUUCCAACCUUUUUUAAUUUUCUCCAGUCCCUGGGAGCAAGUUGCAGUCUUUUUUUUUUUUUUUCC